AUGCGCUCAACUUACUUCCUCGUUUCUGCCCUAGCAGCUCUGGCCGCAGCUGCUGAGCCCGGCACAACAACUAUCAGCUUUUUUGGAGUCGACCAAAAUAGCAAUGGCAUCGAUAUCAACGCCUACACUAGCACCGCAGCCCGCGUUGUUGCCAUUGGCAAGUAUGCCACGACCUACGAGGUUGCCUGCAUGAAAGGUGCCUCCGAGUGCGCAUUGAAGCAUCCCGCAACCAUUGUCCAGGGCCCUACCACCUACAGCGCCUCUAUCGAAGCGACUGUUAUUUCUUCCGGUGCUACAGCCAUUGCAACCGGUGUUGAGGGAUGCAGUUUCACCCGAGUUUCUGAAUCUGCUGUGUGCACGUGGAGUCUUGCAUUCACUGCCGUCUAUGAGGAUAUCACCACUUCCUCUUCCGCAACUAGCACCCAAUCGAUCCCAGAGUAUUCGAUUAGCUAUCACAUUCUUACUGUCACUGACGGUGCCUACGCUUUGACGGCUGAUGCGACGGGUUCGGCUUCCCCAGUGAAGGUGACUCGCACUGCCUCUGCUGCCUCAACUGCCUCAACUGCCUCUACUACUUCUACUGCUUCUACUGGUGCUGCUGCCGGUGGUGCAAAGCCUUUGAUUACUGCUGCACCGCUGGGUGUUGCUGCUGUUGCUGCUUUUGCGGCUAUGUUCUAG